GUACAAGACUCCUCCUACUCAUUUCUCGUUCUGAUCAGGGUAUUAAUGAGGAACAAAAAAAAAAGUUAUUAAUACAAAAACCAAAAGAAACGAUUAUACAUUCUGUGCUCCAAAAGUUAGCCGUUAAUAAUAACUAUAUUCCCUCCAAAUUUGAAAACUUGUUUGAUUUUGCAUCAAAUCCCACUCAUACUUUUCUUUGUUACAACUGAAAAAGUGAGAUUAGGGUGAGCGAAUAGCCAAUAGUAGAACUCCAAACACAAGCAAACUCUCUUCAUUCUUUCCUUUCUUCUUUCCUUCAUUCUUUCCUUCCUUUCUUCUUUCCUUCUUUCUUUCUUCCUAAUCAAUUAUAUAUAAACAAACUCUAACAUAAUUAAGAAUUAACCCUUUUCUGAAUUUAAAACCCUCAUUCAUCUUCAUAACAACCAAUCAUGUCUUCUGAUAACAAUUUGGGAAACCAUGUCAUCGGAACCAGAUCCUUCCACCCUCACUGGUGCUAUCAAUGCAAUCGGACGGUCAGGAUUGCUCCUUCAUCCAACCCCUCCGACGUCGUUUGCCCCCGGUGUUUCGGUCAAUUCGUCCGCGAAAUCGACGUUGGAAUUAGGCCUCGCCUUUUCAUAGAUUACACCGAUUACGAUCCUUCCCCUGAAGCUCGUCUUCUCGAAGCUCUAACACUCAUGCUCGACCCCCCUAUUGGCCGCCGCCGCUUCAAUUCCGUUCUCUACGACCAAGACGAAGAAGCUUCCCAAUACGGUGCCUUGAUUCCGUGGCUAGGCCACCGUCACCACGCUCAUAUUAAUCAAGAAGGAACUGAUACUUGGGACCCUGCUGCCCAAUCCACUAAUCAACCGCCUCCGCCUCCGCCUAGGCCGGCGGGGAGAACUCGUCGGCGAAACCAUAGCUUCGACGGGACUACAAUGACGAUUGAGAAUAGUUCAACCGAAGCUGAAACUGAAUCCAGACGCCGAAACCGUCCCAGGUCAUGGAUUAUACUCAGGCCCAUCGAUCCUUCAAGCCCGUUCUCUCCGAUUCUCCAUCCAGAAAACCCUGGAACGCCUAGGGUGAAUAUAAGGGACUAUUUUUUCGGGCCUGGAAUGAACGAAUUAAUAGAAGAAUUGACUCAGAACGACCGACAGGGGCCUGCUCCGGCGCCUGAAUCGGCAAUUAGCUCGAUUCUGACGAUUAAAAUAAAGGAAUCCCACCUGAAUAAGGAUACGGAAUAUUGCCCUGUUUGUAAGGAGGAGUUUGAGUUGGGUGGGGAGGCGAAAGAGCUGCCGUGCAAGCAUAUAUAUCACAAGGAUUGCAUUGUGCCGUGGCUUAGGCUUCACAACUCUUGCCCUGUUUGCCGCCACGAGUUGCCGGUUGAAGUGGGUGAGGCCAAUAGUGUUGGUGUUGGGCGUGGCGGUGGUGGGUCUGAUGAGGGAUCAUCUGUUGGAAAUAAUCAGCGGAACAUGAGGUGGAGUCGCUUGGCUACUUUCUGGCCAUUUCGGUCUAGAUAUCGUCAGAUUGCUCCACGCCGUGAUCACCACCAUUAUCAUCAUCACUCUCACACUUCUUCUAGACCAUCAGCUAAUCAGUGGUGGCAUUCUUGCUGUAUUCUUUAAUUAGCAUUAACAUGAAGCUUGUUGCUGAUUUAUCGUGGAAGCCAUUUCACACGUUGCUUUUUUUUUUUUAUGAUUUAAAAUCUUUGUUUAUAGGAUUUUAACUCUGUAAAACUUACUGUGGGAAUUGUUGGGGAAGUGCAAUGUAAAAUCACAGUGAUUACUUUGGUAAGUUCCAUACAUCUCACCUUCACUUCCUCUAUAUUUAUCUUUUAUGAUGUUUAUUUAGACCAUUUCUUUUUUUUUUUUUUUUUUUUUGAUGCACAUAAUCCAGGUGUAUGACUUUUACUUUCUGCAGGACUAUAUACGAUUCAUUAAUUAUCUGUUGAUGUAAAAUAGAUACUGUAUGCAUAAUAAUAAUAAUAAUAAUGGUGAUGAUUCACACUUCCAUAUUAA